AGGAAAUUUAGAGAUAAGUUUUCGAUGAAAAGAAUAAUUCUAUUUGCAACUGUUUGGUUGGCAGUUUAUGCACUGUCAGAUCAAGAUGCAUGGAAUUCCUUUAAGGUAGACUACUCUAGAAGUUAUAAAGUAAAAGAAGACCAAUUUCGUUUUCAAAUAUUUAAACGGAAUUUACGUGAAAUUAAAAAACACAAUGUAAAAUAUAAUCGUGGAGAAUCUUCCUACUAUUUGAAAAUUACCGAGUUCGCUGAUUGGACUGACGAAGAAUUUAAUAAGUUGAUUAAGAGAAAUAAUAUUUCCACAAAUGAGUUGUUUGAAAAUGUGGAAGGUAGAGUUGAUUUGGAAGUUACUGAUGAUCUUCCAACAUCUAUAGAUUGGAGAGAGAAAAAUGCCGUUACAGCUGUUAAAAGUGUUUUUGACUUUGAUCUAAUCUGUUGUGCCGGUUAUGCUUUUAGUGCUUGCGGAUCACUUGAAGGACAACUUGCCAUACAUACCAAUCAGUUGGUCAACUUAAGUGCACAAGAAUUGUUGGACUGCUCUGGUUGGAACAAAGGAUGCGAUAGUGGAAUGGCGGCUUGGUCAUUUUAUGACGUAGAAGCACAAGGUUUAUGCUCAGAAGACCAAUAUCCGUAUAAAGGUAUUGAUGCAGACUGUUUAAAAGAUGUAAUUACAAGUCCAAUUCUUGCUAAGACCAAAGAACAUGUAGAACUCAAUGCAAAUGAAACUACGCUUUAUAAUGCUGUGGCUACUAUUGGACCAAUAAGUUCUCUUAUCAAUGGUACUAACUUGCGAUUUUUUGGAGGUGGCAUUUACGAUGCUGAGUGUGAAGGUUUUCCCAAUAUAGACGUUCUUGUUGUCGGAUAUGACUCUAGUGAUGGAGUAGAUUAUUGGAUUUUAAAGAAUUCCUGGGGUAUCUCAUGGGGAGAAGAAGGUUAUAUUAGAAUACCACGUGGUAAAAAUCAGUGUGGUAUCAUGUACUUGAAUUCUUAUCCAGUAUUAAAUUAGCACAAAAUAUGACUGACUUUAAAUAACAUGCCUGUUACAAUGCUCUUUUAGUAAAAUAGAAUAUAUAGAAUAUG